AUGAACAGCCUUUGGCUUAUUCGAGCCGCGAGUACCGCACAGAAUGCCCUGUCCCGCUUGUCGACGCCUGUGUUACUCUUCGGCCCCGGAAAAGUGAGACGCUUGUCAAAUCUAGUGCAGGCCAGGCUAUUUUCUGGAGAGACCCAGGCCAACGGUUCGGUUACCGUACCUUCAGUUUCUCUACCUAUUCCAGGCCUCGAAGGGCGCAAAUGGCAACGGCUUCUGGAUACGUUUUCUCUACCAGAAGAUAGUAAACCGGCAGCCAUUAAUCCGCUAAAAGAUGGCCUUGAAAUAGAAUGGGCGGGAGAUGGCCAUAGGAGUACUUACGCCUACGAAUGGCUGAGAAACCAUACAUCUCCCAACAAUGCUUCCAUAGAUGGACCAGGGUUAAGGACUGAUCUUGAGUUUGUCGAAACUACCUCUAAAUCACUCCCCACCGUGGCAUAUGAAGAAGUGAUGUCGUCCGAUGAAGGAGUGCGAAAGUGGACAGACAACAUUUAUCGAUUCGGUUUCAGCUUUGUAAACGGUAGUCCAGCUACGCCUGAAGCGACUGAGAAACUGUUGGAACGGCUGGCCUUUAUCAGGCCUACACAUUAUGGAGGCUUCUGGGAUUUCACAUCCGACCUUUCGAUGAAAGAUACGGCAUACACAUCGCAGCAUCUUAAUGCCCACACGGACACGACAUACUUCACAGACCCUGCAGGGCUUCAAAUGUUCCACAUUCUGUCACAUACAGGUGGAAGUGGAGGAGAGACCUUAUUGGUUGAUGGGUUCAAAGCCGCUCGCACUUUACUCGCUGAAGAUCCCGAAGCCUAUAAAGGUCUGAGUGAGAUCAAAAUCAGCUCGCAUUCCAGCGGAAAUGAAGAUGUCUGUAUCCAGCCAGCCAGCUCAUUCUCUGUAUUAAACCAUAUGGGUGACUCUUCUGAGUUAUACCAGGUUCGGUGGAAUAAUGAUGACCGCGCACCAGGAAAUGGAAACUCACUGGAAACAAUCCAUCGUUGGUACCAAGCAGCAAAAAAGUGGAAUGGAAUUCUCAAGCGGCCUGACAUGGAGAUUUGGUUUAAGCUUGAGCCUGGGACUCCGCUCAUAUUUGACAAUUGGAGAAUUCUCCAUGGGCGUUCCGCCUUCACGGGGAAGAGACGGAUGUGUGGCGGGUAUAUCAACCGUGAUGAUUUCAUAUCGCGAUAUCGCCUCCUGAAAAACGGAAGAGACCAACUGCUCGCCCAGAUAUAG